AUGACCGAGCUUGUCCGCUAUCAUAACACAUCUAUUCAAAAGUUAGAGAUGCAAAUGAGAGAUCUCUCAAGAGAACAAUAUCCAAAGAAUAAGGGGACACUCCCAAGUGAUACAAUUGUAUACCCAAAGGGUAGUGGGAGCGGUCCAACUUCUCAUUGCAUGUCAAUUACUACUCGGAGUGGGAAAGUACUACAAGGAGAGAGUGAACAAGUGGUUGAAGUGGAAGAUUUCGAACAAGAAGUUGAGGCACAAGUUGAAGAGCUAAUUGUUGUUGAAGCUAAAAAGGUCCUGGAAGAGUUGAAAGUUCAAGAAAUGAACCGGGAAGAGGUUAAGGAAAAGGUUAGUUCCAUCAUUAGAACAACCCCCAUUCAAAGGAAAGAAGACCCGGGAGCUUUCAUCAUUCCAUGCACUAUUGGGGCGCAUGAUUUUGCAAGAGCUCUUUGUGAUAAUGGGGCUAGCAUCAUCUUAAUGACUCUUUCUAUUUACAAGCAAGCAGGGUUAGGUAUGCCGAGGCCUAAAAGUAUGAGGUUGCAGAUGGCCGAUCUUUCAAUAAAGAGACUAGUGGGAAUUGUUGAUGAUGUGCUUAUGAAAGUGGGAAAGUUUCAUCUACCAGCCAACUUUGUGAUCCUUGAUUGUGUGAUUAACAAAGAGAUCCCUAUCAUCUUCGGGAGACAAUUCCUUGCAAUCGGAAGAGCAGUUAUGGAUUCGGAACGAAAUGAGAUCAAGUUUCGAGUCAAUUAUAAAGAGGUCACAUUCCAUGAAAGCAAAGGUAUAAAGUUGCCAAAUGCAUAUGAAAGCAUCUCAGUCAUUGAUGUUGUCGAUGAGGUAGAAGACACAAUUGAGAUGAAGAGGAAAGAACAAUUCCUUGGUGAGGCGUUAGCGGCUCUUUUGGUAAACUUUGAUGGUGAAGACAAGGAGGGGUACAUGGAAUCGGUAGAACAAAUGUUGAAUGUCUUGAGGGAGCAUAAGCAAGCUAUUGGGUGGACAAUAGCGGACAUCCGAGAGAUUCUUGCUGGAAUUUGUGAUCAUAAGAUACAAUUGGAUCAAGAGAGUAAAGAAAGUGUGGUGCAUCAAUGA